ACACAUAAAGAGAGCCCACAAAGAUGACGAAUUUAAUGCAGAUUUCGCGAUACAAGAGAGCAUUUUUUUCCUCACUAGUUUGGUAUAGGCUGUAUCUAACUACUUCUACUUCGUUUGCCAACCAUAUACUUAACCACACACUCUUUUAAUGAUUUAGUUUCCUUCUUCUUUAAAUACCAUCUCACUUUUUCUUAUCCUAUUAUUACUAGCUUUUGCUUUUUCAAUUUGUCCAGUCCGCCUUGACAUUUUAAAGGAGAAAAAGGGGUUGCUUCUUAUUUGGCCGGGGGGAGUCAUGACUAUUGCACAAGACUUGUAUAAUGAGCAGGAUUCAAUGUUUUGUUCAAAGAAAGUUUGUGUAAUGGAUGCAGCUGGUCAGCUUGGAUCCACACUCGUACACCGUCUCUUGCUCAGAGGUUACACUGUCCACGCCGCUUUUCAAAACCAUGAUGAAAUGCAGCGUUUUAAGAGGAAAUAUGCUGGUGGAAAUGUGGACGAAAGCAAAAGCAAGAAGUUGAUAUGUUUUCAUGCUGAUCCCUUAGAUUAUCACAGCAUAGUGGACACUCUCAAAGGCUGUUGUGGCCUCUUUUACUCUUUCGAGCCUCCCACCGAUUAUCCUACCUACGACGAAUUGAUGGGAGAAAUGGAAGUGAGAGCAGCUCACAAUGUGAUGGAAGCCUGUGCACAAACAGAUACCCUAAACAAGGUAGUCUUUACAUCCUCUGCCACAGCUGUGUUAUGGGGCACAAGGAAGAGGGACCAACAUGACUCUCCCCAUUCUCAUUCUUGCGUCGACGAAAGAGAUUGGACCGACAUCAGCUUUUGCAAAAAAUACAAGUUAUGGCACGGGCUAUCAAAGACACAAGCAGAGAAAGCAGCAUGGGCAUUGGCAAUGGACAGAGGAGUAAGCAUGGUUUCCAUAAACGGAGGGUUGUUAAUUCAUCCAGAUCUCAAUAUCAGAGAACCUUACUUGAAGGGAGCAGCUGAAAUGUAUGAAGGUGGUGUGUUUGUUGCAGUGGAUCUCAAGUUCUUGGUAGAUGCUCAUAUGUGUGUGUUUGAGGAUGUUUCCUCUUACGGACGAUACUUAUGCUUCAACAGAGUCAUAAACUCCAGUAAAGAUGCUACAACUCUAGCCAAUAUGCUUCUGCCUCCUUCAGCUUCAUCAAAAACAGAAAGUUUGGAGGAUGAUAUGGUCUAUGAGCAAAGGAUUAGCAACCAGAAACUAAACAAGUUGAUGCUGGAAUUUGAAACUGGAUCAGAUGUCCAGGUCUAUUGAUUGAUGCCGUUACUGUGUAUAAAGCAUGGCUCUUACUAAACUAAUUGAGGAAGAUUGAGGAGUAUUGUUUUGCCCCAAGGAGACGAGAAGAGCUCCCUCAAAAUUUAGAUAGAUUUUUGAGGUUCAAGACCUCAUCAUAAGUUUGUUACAAAUUGGACUUACAACAAAGUUGCAUAUACAGCAUGACAGAAAUGUUAAAUGACCAACAGAAGCAUUUUGCAUAGAGGCAAGCCUUGAUAUAUGUAACAAUAGCUAGUACCUUUUCGCUUGCAAAUUACUAUAGAAUGAAAUUGAUUAGAAUUGAUGUUUUGUCCCUAA